ACGAACUUAAUCCACCACAACAAAGUCCGUCAAAAUGCAGUUCAAGGCCGCCAUCGUCGCUACCCUCAGCGUUGUCGCUGUCAACGCCGUCGAGACUGGGUAUACCUCAGCCUUCCAAGCCUACCAGUCGGCUGUCGGAGUCAUUGACAACCAGCUUCACUCGGCUGAGGCUUCCGUCACCCUGACCGGCACCGCCCUGAACGCCGCGUACUCGAGCCUCCAGUCCAGUGCUACCGCUGCUCAGGCCAGCCUGCUGUCCUCCUUCGAGGCCGCAUGGGGUGUCACCGCUGUCAGCAGUGACGAGACCACAGCCUCCGCCACCAGCGCCGCCACUGGUACCGGAAGUGCAGCCUCCGCCACCGCGACCGGCUCCGCCGCCGGCACAACAAUCACCACGACCACCGCGUCAGGAAACUCCUCAGCGGGCUCCACCUCCUCGUCCGGCAGCUCUGGCUCGGCCGCGUCGGGCACUGCCACCACCACCGAGUCCUCGUCCUCCAGCGGCACCUCGACAGCGUCCAGCAGCAGCAGCUCGAGCUCGAGCUCCUCCGCCGCCGGCGCUGUGAACUUCCCCGUUGCUCUUGCGGG